AUGAACUCACACGAGUCUUUAGAAAAGGCUGGGGAGUCAAUCGAAAAGAAUAAUAUCGUUGGGUUGGAUUUAUUUGAGCAAGGUAACGAUAUUACCGAGGAAGAGCUAGAACUGGAAAUUAAAGGCAUCAGAUGGAAGGUUGAUCUCCGAAUUGUUCCGGUACUUUGUGUCACAUAUACAUUGCAAUACUUAGAUAAACUCAGCUUGAACUAUGCCUCAGCAUAUUCACUCAAAGAAGACUUGGGUCUUCAUGGACAGAGAUACUCCUGGGUUGCAGCCAUCUUCAAUUUCGGCUACCUUUUUUGGGCCAUGCCUUCCAAUUACAUCAUUCAAAAGGUACCCAUUGCCAAAUAUACUGGAGGCAUGAUUUUUGUAUGGGCGAUUAUCUUGGUGGCUCAUGUGGGAGCAAAGAACUAUGGUGGAAUGCUUGUCAUAAGGUUUAUCUUGGGCAUGUUUGAAGCAGGUAUUCUGCCUUCAUGUAUGAUGAUCUGUGGUAUGUUCUACUCUCGUCGUGACCAACCAUUUAGAAUGUGCGUUUUUCUAAGUUUUAACGGAAUUGCAACUAUCAUUGGUGGUCUUCUUGGUUUCGGUUUAGGGCACGCGGACCAGGCAGCCAUUGCCUCAUGGAAGUUAAUUUUCUUGGUGAUCGGUCUCCUUAAUCUUGUGUGGUCGGCGGUGUUUCUUUGGGUGACCCCAGACAGUCCCACAUCGGCGAAAUUCUUGACGACCAGAGAAAAGAUGAUUCUAGUGAAAUACAUUUCGAAGAACAAUCAAGGUGUUAAAGAUACAAAGUUCAAGAAAAACCAGGCCCUCGAAGCCAUCAGUGAUCCUGGUGUCCACAUUGUGGUGCUCAUCUCCUUGGCGCUUGGAAUAAUUAAUGGAGGUGUGUCUAAUUUUCAAUCAGCUUUGAUAAAGGGAUUUGGCUUCGACGGUCUUGCAGCUACCGCUUUGCAGAUGCCAACAGGUGCAAUCGAAUUCAUUUUAGUGUUUGCAGCCGGCAUUGCGGCCUUGAAGAUUCCUAAUAUCAGAUGUCUUUUAUUUGUUCUACUAAGCAUACCCGGCCUCGCUGGCUUAAUUGGAAUACACUUGAUCGAAAACAACCGAUGGGCGUCAGUUGGAUGCACUUGGCUACAAUACAUUGUUGGUGGUCCAAUCAUCCUCUGUUGGAUUUUCAUAAAUGCCAAUAUCGGCGGAACUACGAAAAAGAUCGUCACCAACGGUAUAUGGUUCACACUUUAUGCAGCAGGAAAUAUCGUCGGUGCCAAUAUCUUUUACGCCAAUGAAGCGCCCAAGUAUAGAUCUGCCAUGAUAGGACUUAUGACAUGCUACUCAGGCAUGAUAGCCCUCGGAAUUGGAUACUGGUUCUUGUUGAGAAGCAGAAACUACAAACGUGACAAGGAGCAAGGCGAACAAACGGAGGAGAUGAAGCAAGAAGCCAUUCGCUGUGGUUUUGAAGGACUCACGGACUUUGAGAACAAAGGGUUCCGGUAUGCCCUUUAA